CUGGCUGCUUUCAUGGCCUGUGGUAGCUCAGCAAGACAUGAAGUGCUCUCAUGUUUAAAGAUAGUUCCCUCUACAGAAAUACGCACAUACAUAUGCGCUAGGUUCUCUUGAACAGGAUGACAUGCUGGAGCCUGCAGACCGCAGUCAUCACCGAGUUCACUCUUCACAGCCUCAGAUCAUGCAACUACCAAGAAGUAGGCCACACCCACUCUACAUUCGCCUCUUCCGCCGGCUUCGAGAGGAAGGCAGUCAGCGCUAGGGUCCUGCGUCUAUCUCGUCACCUUCCACUUUUCUCUCCAUCCAUUCGGCCUUCAUAUAGACUCCUGCAAGGAUGGCAGAGCUGGAGGGCUUGGAGUUCGGAAAGUCAGACUUUGUGCUUCUAGACGAGGUGACCAUGGAGCAGUUUAUGGAGAACUUGAAGUUAAGGUUUGAGAAAGGCCGUAUUUACACUUUCAUUGGAGAAGUAGUGGUGUCAGUCAAUCCGUACAAACAUUUGGAUAUCUAUGGGAAGGAGGUUAUUGAGAACUACAGGGGAAGAGAACUGUAUGAGAAUCCACCUCACCUGUACGCUGUCGCAGACGCUGCUUACAAAGCCAUGAAGAGACGAGCCAAAGACACAUGCAUCGUCAUUUCAGGUGAGAGCGGAGCAGGCAAGACUGAGGCAAGCAAAUAUAUUAUGCAGUACAUUGCAGCCAUCACCAACCCUAGCCAGAGGGCAGAGGUCGAGAGCGUGAAGAAGGUGCUCCUCAAGUCCAACUGUGUGUUAGAGGCAUUUGGGAAUGCUAAGACCAACCGCAAUGAUAACUCCAGCCGCUUCGGCAAAUACAUGGACAUCAACUUCAACUUCAACGGAGACCCCACGGGAGGACACAUCAACAACUACCUGCUGGAGAAGUCUAGAGUUGUCAAUCAGCAGGAGGGAGAGAGAAAUUUCCACUCAUUUUAUCAGGUGUUACGGGGAGGAUCUGAUGAAUUGCUGAAGUCUUUGUAUCUGCAGAGAGAUCCCGCAGAAUACGCCUACACCACUCAAGGAGCCUCUGUCACACUUGCGUCCAAUAAUGACUCCUUAUGUCACAAAGCUGUGAUGGCAGCACUGAAAGUGAUUGGCUUCACCGGUGAAGAGAUCGCCUCCAUCUACAAGAUCCUCAGUACCAUCCUACACCUGGGUAACCUUCAGUUUACUAGUGAUGGUGAGCAUGUCCUACUUGUGGGUGACGAUACAGUGAAGCACAUUUCUGAGCUGACGUCCACAGAGCCUGAGAAUACCAGAAAAGCACUGCUGUACCGCACAGUGGCUACUGGGGGUGGAGAGGUCAUAGAAAAGGGACACAACGAGCAGGAAGCUAGCUAUGGAAGAGAUGCUUUUGCCAAGGCUUUAUAUGAGAGGUUAUUUGCGUGGAUAGUGGGUCGUAUCAAUGACGUGAUUGAAGUGAAAGACUAUAAUCCUGCUCUGCAUGGCAAAAACACUGUUAUAGGUGUGCUGGACAUCUAUGGCUUUGAGAUCUUUGAUAACAACAGCUUUGAGCAGUUUUGCAUCAACUACUGCAACGAGAAGCUGCAGCAGCUCUUCAUUGAGCUUAUUCUGCGGCAGGAGCAGGACGAGUACCAGAGAGAGGGUAUCACGUGGCAGCACAUCGAAUACUUUAACAAUCAGAUCAUAGUGGAUUUAGUGGAGCAGCCUCAUAAAGGCAUCAUCUCCAUCCUGGAUGAAGCCUGUCUCAUUGCAGGGAAAGUCACAGAUACUGUCUGCCUGGACAGCAUGAACAAAAAGCUGGGCCAGCACCCUCACUACACCUCCCGGAAACUCUGUCCCGCCGACAAGACCAUGGAGUUCAAUCGAGAUUUUCGUAUCCGACACUACGCGGGAGACGUUACGUACUCAGUUGAGGGCUUUCUUGAUAAGAACAAGGACCCGCUUUUCCAGGAUUUCAAGCGACUGAUGUACAACAGUUCUGACCCUGUGCUCAAAGAAAUGUGGCCCGAUGGGAAAAUGAGUAUCACAGAGGUGACCAAACGACCUCUAACUGCAGCCACACUCUUCAAAAACUCUAUUAUUGCUCUAGUGGACAAACUGGCCUGUAAGGAGCCGUACUACGUGCGGUGCAUAAAGCCAAAUGAGGUGAAGUCCCCCCUGCUGUUUGAUGACGGUCGCUGCCAGCAUCAAGUGGCGUACCUGGGACUGCUGGAGAAUGUGCGCGUGCGUCGAGCUGGGUUUGCCUACAGACAGCCGUAUGCUCGCUUUCUGCAGAGGUACAAGAUGACCUGUGAAUACACGUGGCCUAAUCACCUGAUGAGCUCUGACCAGGAGGCUGUGGAGGCCAUCGUGAACCAGCACGGCUUUGAGGACGACGUCGCGUACGGCCACACCAAGCUCUUCGUGAGAACACCUCGCACACUCUUCACGCUGGAGCAAGAGAGAGCCGCGCUCAUCCCCAUACUAGUGCUCUUCUUACAGAAGGUUUGGAGAGGUGCAUUAGCACGUAUGCGAUGUAGGAAAAUAAGGGCUAUAUAUACCAUAAUGGCGUAUUAUAAAUGCUACAAGGUGAAGGCUCACUUCUGGGAAGUGGAGAGACGGUUCGCUAACGUCCGAAACAUGGCCGACUACGGGAAGAGUGUGGAGUGGCCCUCACCGCCUGCAGCCCUGGUGCAGUUCCACAGAAUCACACAGCACCUCUACCGCCGAUGGUGGGCCCGGCAGCUGAUUAAAAACAUCCCCCCGUCGGACAUGGCGGAGGUGAGGGCUAAAGUAGCUGCUCUGUCAGCUCUGAGCGGGGAGAGAGUGGACUGGGGCUACAGCCGCGCCUGGGAGAGAGACUAUUUGGCCAAUGCAAAAGACUCUCCUCUGACGAACACCAACUUUGUGCGCAUCACUAAGGAGCUGAAGAACAAAGACCAGUACAGCCAGGUCCUCUUUUCGUGCUCCGUCAGGAUGCUCAACUGGUUCAACAACACAAAGGACAGAGCUCUGCUCAUCACAGACAAGCAUAUCUACAGACUGGAGCCCAAAAAACACUUUAAAGUGCAAAAACGAAUAUCACUUGAUUCGGUGGUCGGUGUGAGCGUAACAAGCGGCAGUGACCAGAUGGUGGCGCUACAUACUGCCUCUCAGGAUGACUUCCUAGUGCACCUACAGAGGGGUCAGCUCAACCCAAAUCAGGACCGUGUAGGGGAGUUGGUGGGAAGCCUCAAAGACCACUUCACGCGGUACCUCACAUAACCGGCCCCGAGGGAGCCAGUAUUCGGUCCUGGGGCAGACAGCAGCCUGGUUGUGUAUGCAUUGCUUGUGUGUGUGUGUGUGUGGCAGGUGUGGGAUGUGUGUGUGUGUGUGUGUGUGUGUGUGUGUGUGGGUGCACGUCUGCUUUAAAGCCAUUGUGCUGCCAUCUGCGAGUCAAUGCGUGGGGUCAUGCCCCCUUUACCGCUUCAUCAAAAGGAGACGUCACAGGGGCCUGAGGAAGUGUGGAGGAAGGCAAAUAGUGUGUGAGCAUGUGUGUGUGUGUGUGUGUGUGUGUGUGUGUGUGUAGGGGUGUGCGGGAGAACAGAUGACAAAACACACACGUGCAGUUCACUCGACCUCCACAGCUCCGCUUUCAUUGCUUUAAAAACUAGCCUCAAUUUAUCCUUUUUCGUAAAGGACUUAAUGCUAAGGAGAAUGUUAGACACUAAAACAAGACACGAUGGACUAUUUUGAAGCAUAUGUCUGGUAAUUGAGUUAAACAGAUGUAAAAAUAACCCCUCGCCAGCUCUAAACAGAAGGUGACUGUAGUUUGCCAAGUAGGGCAUGUUCCUGGACCAGAAAGCCUUGUUGGUCCUGAAACAACAUUCUUCAAACUAACUAAGUCUUAACCCGAUAUCUAACCAGAUUUCCCAUCAAAUUAGGACAGACAAGACGUAAAAGUCUGCACUUCAAUAUUAAUUAAACGUCAUUCAAAUUUACCCUAAUAAUAAUAUAUGUACAGAUAAUUAACUGAGAAAAACGUCCUGUGCUGUAUAUUAAAAAUGAAAAAAAACGAAGCUGAGAUCACCAGAGACAGUUUUUCAGGUAUAUAGACACCAUAAAACCAUGAAGGAAACACACAGCACUAUAAUAAUGCAAUAAGCAUUCAUUAAAUAACAGAAAAUGUAACACUAAGCAACAUAAUAUACAUUACUGAAAUCAAAAAUACAAACAACUGUUAAAAAUACUAUACAUAGUGUAUUAAUAUUGCCCCGCAGAUGCUACACAUUUCCUUUCACAAUACAUUAUAUCAUAAUUUAUAUUUCCAAAAACCAUACAUUUUAAAAGUAUUUUACAGUAACAUUACAAGUAAUGCACAAUACAUUUUACAGUUUUUCACCAUAUAGUAAGGAGUGAACCAAUUUUUCUAUACAUUUACAAAUUGUAUUACGAUUUUAUUAUUAUCUUAUAGCAUUUCAGACCAGCCUUUGAAUCAUGUGUUAAGCUGACAAACACCGACAAUAGUGAAACACGCCGAGUAAACAUUUUUCAAAGAACACACGCAUCAAUUAGUGAAAGUUAGUGAAUAACUCAUCUAUUAGUUAGUUAGUUAAAUUUCCCAUUAGUGUAACCGCUGAGUGUGACGAGAUUCAACUCGCGCUCCAGAUCUUCCCCCAGACCACUUAAUAAUGAUUAAGCGAUGUUUAAUGUAUUAUUGAAAUGAAGAAAUAUGGAGCUUGAGUUGGGGUGCUGCAGAAAUCCUGGAUGAUUUGUUACAAGACUGAUACGUGCUAAAUGUGCCUUGUGAUAGACAGGAUUAGAUCUCGAUUUUAAGAGUUAUAGACGGAGUGAUGCAAUAAAUAUGACUUGCAGCAAAGCCUUUUAACCAGCUGGUCUCAGGGUGAUUUUAGGGGAUGUCAAGUUCACGCUGGUGUUCUUAACAGAGGAACCACAAGAGUAAAGAAUCACAUUAACUGCCAGCAUCGCUCACUAACGUAUUAAUACUUUAUAUCAUUUCGUGCAUGUAUCGUCUAAAAUAACAAAUACCCUCUAAUGAAAUGUUUUACUCUGAAAGUGUGCUUUUAUGUUAUUCGUGCACAUAACAGUAUUCUUCUCAUUAUUCCGAUCAAACCGCUCUUAUGAUCUGGGAUAUAGUUUUGUAAAUAUUUAAUGACUUCAGAUUCCACAGUGUCCUCUGCAUGCGUGCCGAGAGCUUGUGUUCAUCAGAAACAUCCUGAUUCAAACGCUGAUUCGUUUCUGUUAAUCAUGCCUGUGUUUAACCUCUGAUCUUUCCCGUGGGUCACGCCCCCUCACCUCACUCAUGCAGACAUUGUGACUGUGUCAUGUGUGUGUGUGUGUGUGUGUGUGUGUGUUGGGUAGUUUAAACCCCUCUUUGGCCAUCUGUUGAGACAGCUGUGUGUGUGUGUGUGUGUGUGUGUGUGUGUGUGUGUGUGUGUGAGCUUCUGGAGCCAAAGGGUCAGGAGAGUUUAUUUGUCUGUUUCCCAAAAAUGACCAGUUGUGUAUUUUCUUUCACCUAAGUAGAUCAACUUUGACAAGCAAUGUAGCAUAUAGUUACAGAAUUAAUAAGCUUAUAGUAUGAUGAGAGAUAAUGAGGCAUAGUCUCUGCUAGAGGAGCAUCAUAAAUGUUUCUUAAUAAAAAAGAUUUGAUUUAUUUAGACUGUUUUUCAAUGGCUGGGUUUAAUACAAAUAUUAAAUAUACAUUGGUAACACUAUACAGUAAGGUC